UUACAUUCUGUUACAACAAUCCGUAGCCGAUUCGCUUUUUGUGGUAAUAAACUUCAUGAGUAUGUAUAAAUAGUUAGUAAGAUGACUUUUUCAAACAAUAGAGUUAAAAAAAGAAGUGAAAAUCAGAUAGAGAAAAUGAGCAGUGUAAAUCAGACUUCUUAUAUCCUUCGAUUCGAUGGUUCGUCCGAUGGAAAUCCUGGACCAGCUGGUGCAGGAGCUUUACUGUUUGCUAAAGAUGGGAAAGUGCUAUAUCGAUUCCGCGAAGGAUUGGGACAUCAAACAAAUAAUGCUGCUGAGUUUUACGCAUUGAUUUUAGGAAUGAAACAAGCUAUUAAGAAAGGAUAUAAGAACAUUAUUGCUGAAGGAGACGGACCACUUGUUAUCAAUCAGUUUCAGGGAUUAUGGACAAUCUGUGACGCAGAUAUAAAGAUGCUACGCGAUGAGGCUUUGAAGUUGAAGAAUAGCUUUCAAUCAUUUCGCAUGCGACACAUUCCUGAGAGCUAUAACACUACAGCUGAUUCUCUAGCAAACCAGGCUAUUGAUCUCGGAGAUGGUCAAGUUGAAGAAGAAAGUCUUGGUUAAUGAUCAUCUGAUAGGAAGCCACUGUCAAAAAUUAUUUGCAAUUCAUCUGAAAACUCUUGUAAUGUGUAUCACCAUUAGUGUGACUCAACGUGAUUGAUGUUAUGACUCCAAAAAGAAAUUUCAUUUUGA